AUGCCUCCUCAGCUGCCAAACGGUAUGGAUUUCUCUGACAAAGUCGUGCAGGGCACCCUGGACAGCCUGCCUAAGGCAGUGAGGGAGUUCGUGGAGAACAACACCAAGCUAUGCCAGCCAGACCACAUCCACAUCUGCGAUGGCUCUGAAGAGGAGAACCGGAAGCUGCUGGACCACAUGGAGGAGACGGGUGUGAUCAAGAAACUCAGAAAGUAUGACAACUGCUGGCUGGCUCUCACUGACCCCAGGGAUGUGGCCCGGAUUGAAAGCAAGACAGUCAUCAUCACCCCAGAAGAAAGAGACACAGUGCCAAUCCCCAAAACUGGCCUGAGCCAGCUGGGCCGCUGGAUGUCAGAGCAGGACUUUGAGAAAGCAUUCAACGCCAGGUUUCCAGGGUGUAUGAAAGGUCGUACAAUGUAUGUUAUUCCAUUCAGCAUGGGGCCUCUGGGCUCGCCUCUGUCCAAGAUUGGCAUUGAAUUGACGGACUCACCUUACGUGGUGACCAGUAUGCGGAUCAUGACUCGAAUGGGCACCCCAGUCCUGGAGGCGCUGGGUGAAGGGGAUUUUGUUAAGUGUCUGCAUUCUGUUGGGUGCCCUUUGCCACUGAAACGGCCUUUGGUCAACAACUGGGCCUGCAAUCCGGAACUGACUCUCAUCGCCCACCUGCCGGACCGUAGAGAAAUCAUUUCCUUCGGGAGUGGCUAUGGCGGGAACUCUCUCCUUGGGAAGAAGUGCUUUGCUCUGAGGAUGGCCAGCAGGCUGGCCAAGGAGGAAGGCUGGCUGGCAGAACACAUGCUGAUCCUGGGCAUCACCAACCCUGAGGGCGAGAAGAAGUAUUUGGCAGCAGCCUUUCCCAGUGCCUGCGGGAAGACCAACCUGGCUAUGAUGAAUCCCACACUCCCAGGCUGGAAAGUGGAGUGUGUGGGUGACGAUAUUGCCUGGAUGAAAUUUGAUGAGCAAGGUAACUUAAGGGCAAUCAACCCAGAAAAUGGCUUUUUCGGUGUCGCUCCUGGCACCUCUGUGAAGACGAACCCCAAUGCCAUCAAGACCAUCCAGAAGAACACGAUCUUCACCAACGUGGCUGAGACUAGCGACGGGGGCGUCUACUGGGAAGGCAUCGAUGAGCCCCUGGCGUCUGGUGUCCGGCUUACUUCAUGGAAGAACAAGGACUGGAGCCUGGAGGAUGGGGAACCCUGUGCACACCCUAACUCACGGUUCUGCACCCCUGCCGGCCAGUGCCCCAUCAUCGACCCUGCCUGGGAGUCUCCAGAAGGCGUGCCUAUCUCAGGCAUCAUCUUCGGGGGCCGCAGACCUGCUGGUGUCCCUCUAGUGUACGAAGCUUUCAACUGGAGGCAUGGAGUAUUUGUAGGGGCAGCCAUGAGAUCGGAGGCCACAGCGGCUGCUGAACACAAAGGCAAAGUCAUCAUGCACGAUCCCUUUGCCAUGAGGCCCUUCUUUGGCUACAAUUUCGGCAAAUACCUGGCCCACUGGCUCAGCAUGGCCCAGCAUCCAGCUGCCAAGCUGCCCAAGAUCUUCCACGUCAACUGGUUCCGGAAGGACAAGGAGGGCAGAUUCCUCUGGCCAGGUUUUGGGGAGAACUCCAGGGUCCUAGAGUGGAUGUUCAACCGGAUCAAUGGGAGAGACUGUGCCAAGUCCACGCCCAUCGGGUACAUCCCUACCGCAGAUGCCUUGAACCUGAAAGGCCUGGGUGAAAUCGACAUGAAGGAGCUCUUUGGCAUCUCCAAGGAGUUCUGGGAGAAGGAGGUGGAAGACAUCCAGAAGUAUCUGGAGGAGCAAGUCAACGCUGAUCUCCCCUCUGAUAUUGAGAGAGAGGUCCUAGCCCUGAAGCAAAGAGUCAGCCAGAUGUAA